ACACCUUUAGCACUAGUGCCAGUAAAUAUCAGUUUUCUGCUUUUUUCCCUUCUUAAUGUAUUACAAUGUCAUGGAGAGUAGGGAAUUUUAUUAACCUAUUGAUUCUUACUUGGAAUCGUAAUUACUUUCCAGAUCUGUGCAGCCUGUAUCAGCCUGUCGGCUUUCAUUUUUUGAUUUGCCUCCCCUAUUCCCUGUGCUUAACACUUCUGCUUUAUUCGACCUCUUGUCUUACUCAGAACUCUUACCAUUUAUCUGUUUUGCUACUACCACUGCCAUAUUACAGUAGCUGCUAAUGAACACUCUUUUUAAGAGCCUGAAACCUAAAUAGAGGGCACAGGAUCCCUAAUGGUUCUCCUGCAGAACUUCUCUCCUCUAAUUUUUGCCAGAAAGCACUGGAAGACUUUUAGUUAAUAUUUAUUAUUGCUUGACACAGCGAAUACACUCUUACGAUUUUCUCAGACACUGUGUCAAGUUAAAACACUCUAAAAGCAAUGUCUGAAAUGAUCAAAAAGACUUGUAAUUUAGGCUUUUCGCAGUCAUCAUUUAUUGAACUUGUUUCUUUGGGUAAUGUCUGGAUUUCAAAUAAAUACAAAAUUACUUGUACCUGUGAUGUUAUGGCUGGUUUUGGAUGGGGCUCUACCCUCAGUCACUGGAGUCAUUUGAGGUUUCACAAUUGGAGCUUCCAAUACUGAGUGAAUACUGAGUGCAAAUAUGAAGGCAUAGUGGUGCAGAUGCACCAAGUGAUGAAACCGAGUGAUGUUAAAAUGUUUCAGUGUCUCUCCUGCCCUCCGUUGGCAAGGAGUGGGCAGUGCCUUUUGAUUUAAGUGGGAAAAUCCUUCACCUCUGGUGUCCCACUUCUUAAGUGAAAAGGGUUCACUCUCAUUGCAGGAUCUUUGGAAAGAAAUCACUUAUUCCUCAGGAGAUCCACAUGGACGUACAAAGGAGAGCAUGGCAGGCCUUCCUGCCUCUGGCAGAGCUCUGCCUUACCUCUGGUCCAAGGCAGCUACUGUUUCUUCUUCUCUUUACCCCUUUCCUCCAGACUCCCUGCUGAUGGAUCACGUUGCAUCUCUUUGUCUCACUGGAUACCCCCUGUCAAGCUGCUUUCCCACAGUGGAGCUAAAUGGAUGUGAGCAAACAGGACUGCAGUUGCAGGCAGAGAAAGUGUAGUGCAAGACAUUAUCUGUACUGCAAUUUGUUCAGCCCAGCAAAACGUGGCAUUCUCCAAGUUAAGGUCUGCCUUGUCACGUGUCUGUGUGUUUGACUUCUUUCAUCUGGAUGCAUAAUGCAGUCAUUUUGGGACUUGAAGUGUUACUUAUAGAGUGACACCCUUGACCUUGUAGCUCCAAAGAUGGGCAGUGCUGCUGUGCUGUGUUAAAGGCAUAGCGCUUUUUCCCUCAUGCAGAGCUUCUAAGCGAGGCCUUCUGAACAAGGAGGGCUGGAAUGUGUGACUCGCUCUGGUGCCUCAGGCUUGUGGCUAUUGCCAGGCAGGCUUGUUUGAACAAGGCAGCAAGAAGUAGGAGCUGUGCUCGCAUUUUGACUUCCCUCAGCAUCUUCUUUUUCACUCUUUGCCAAUGAGAUACCAGCAGAGCUCUUGGGAGUGCCACAGAGAGGAGCAAUUUUUAUAAGAGACAUUGAAAUUUAAAAGCUGAAAGGUCUUGCAGAAACACAGCAUUUUUCUUCUUUUUUUUCUUUAAUCUUGCUUCCGAAUAUGCUAUGAACAUCACUUCUACUUUAUGAGCACUUUCUUUUUAAAUGGAAAACAUGCUCUUCUGUGCUAAUAUCUGGAUAUUUAGUUGGCAUGUUGGUUUCUUACAGCACCAAUCUUUCCAUGCACACGGCAGUCUGGAUCCUUCUGUGUCUAGGAGGAGAGUUAAUUAGCAUUGUUGAUGGAGCUCUUAAUGAAAAUAGUGUUGUCCCUUUCAUAUUCCUCUAUUCAAAUUGCUCCUUUUCACGUUUUCCCCUCACACAGAUAGAUAUAUGACUGAAUUAGGAAAGUGUGUCUGAUAGUCUGGUAUUUCUAGCUACAGUGCUUAAAAAAAAAACAAAAAACCUACCUCUUUAAAGCUGUGUAAUUACACUGGUUAACAUAUGUUAUGUCACAUACAAACCAUUGUCUGAGUUAUGAGCAGUUCAGAAUGAGCUCUCAGUAGAAGCUUACAGGAGCGCUUUAUUGCUGUGAUUUAUAUGGCUGUUUUGCCUUUCGGAAGCCCUGCAGUGAGCAAUCGAGAGGUGUUCCUUUGGGAUAUGAGGCUGUGUGUGUACUGUAGUUGAGAUCUGAGAGUAAAUAGUUUCUAUCUAGGCACAGGUUGCCUUUAGUGGAAGUGAAUACCAGGGGGAGCACACGUUAGAGUGUUUAGCUGACUGUUGCUUUCUGCUACACCACUCAAGGGUUGCUACCCACUGGGAAUAUGACUUGGUGCAUGUAUCCCUGUGCUAAGCGAGCUCCAACAAGGCUGUGUCUCUGUGGGAAGAACAGUGAGCUGUUUCGUGGCUAUCCAAAUAUGGAAGCAGAGAUUUGGGCCUUGGGGGAUUUGGAAGAAGUAUGGGGAAAAGCUGCAGCAGGCUGGGGCUGAACCAGAGCCUGCCACCGCCCUUUCCUUACCAACAGAUGGCAGCUCAUGGUUGCAAAAGAGCAUCUCCCAGGGAAGCAGCCCUGCUGGAGUCCUGCUUUCACAGCAGUGCAGGCAGUGUGGGCCUGUUCCUUGGGUGCACCAGGCAGAAUGAGGCAGUGCAUUGUUUCUUCAGAGUGGUAACGACAUUGGUGCGAGGCUGUGCUAAUCCCAGGUGCUCUGCUGAGUCUGUGUUGUCCAGUUGGACAGGACUAGCUCUGGUGUCACCGGUUGGAAAAGAUUCCAGCACUGCAGUGAGAGUCUUAGCUGAAAGCAGGGAGUCUGUUUGGAAAUGGGAAGGAUCUUUGUGCAAGAGGCUGGGGAAGUGUGAAGAGGAUCUGUCUUACAGUGAGAAGGAUACAACUGAGAUGGCACCUGGGCUGGAGAACAGAGUCGAUGUUCGAUACCUUCAGUGGUUAAAUGGGAAGCUGAGGUUCCAGUGGCGGAGUCUGCAUGCUCAGCAGCAAGAGCAGUGCAAGCUUUUACAUAAGAUCCAUUUGUUCACUAGUGGCUCUCAUACGGACCGGACCCUUGGACAUUUUUCUGUCACAGAAACAGAUCUUGUCAGACAUCCAGAGAACUACAACCAGCUGGUACAGCAUCUGGAGUUGGAAACCAUGCAACUAGAAGCCUUUCUGGAGUGGAAGCAACUGGAAGUGGUUUACUGGCAGUGGAUGGAAACCGUGUUAGAUAACAUGGCUGAAGAGGGAAGCGUGCACUCGGUGCAGGACACUCCUGUGGAGACCAGCAGGCUGCAGGAGGGGGCCACGUGCUGCCCCUGGGCUGAAAGCAUGACUGCGCAAAUCGACAGGUUGUCUGGGGAGAUGACAGCUCUCCACAGCCAGCUGGACAAGCUGGUAGCACGCCGAAGGUCUGCCUGGUGUCAGAAGGUGAAAACAAGAGAGGAAGAACUGCAGAAGGAGGACUUCUCUGCCAAACUAGGAAAGAUAGAGGAAUCAGUGGAGCUGAAGCUACUAGAUCUUAUGAACCACAGUGCUCCAAACAGAACUAGAAUGCACGGGUCAUGCAGGCUGGUGUUUAGAAGCAAACAUUCUGCCAGCAAAACAGGCUUUGGUGGAUCUGUAUCUAAGGAACCCGCUCCAGCUGUCAGUGCUACAGAGGUGAUCAGAGAACUGCGGAUGAGAGAGGCCAGCCUACAGAGAGAGCUGAAGCAGCUGCAGGAUGAGUGCAAGCAGAGGUUGGAUGGAAUUGCAGAGAGGUUGGAUGGAGUGAUUUGUAUCUCUCCUUGAAGAGAGAAAGCUGGACUCAGAAGAACAAAGGAGUGGGCUUAUUUGAUCAGAACACACUUGUGCGUUUGGCAUGGCGGAGUGCAAGAUGAGGAACCAAAUGUGAGCUUUGAUAAUCAAGCCUGGGAGCAGUGACUUGUUUCUGCUUUGUGACUUGCACUGGGGCCAUAACCUUUGUGGUUCUGCCUGCAGUCUCUUUAUUGCUAACCUUGCCAAUUAAAUUCUGCAGCAGGCCUUAGUGGGAGUGUGCUUACAUCUCCCUUUUAUCUUUUAGAUGUUUAGUUCUUCUGCCAAGCACUGGCUCUUCCAGAAUGCUCAUCUGCUAGACACAGCUUUCUUUGAGGCUGCAGAUUGGAGUACUAAUUGCAUACAACAUUUUCCAGCAAGUGGAAGCAUUCAUUAGUCAGAAAAAUCCAGGUACUGGAGAACAUACAGAGCACCAAGGCUCAGAGAGAUUGGGAAAGUGUGCUAUUUUUAAUUCUGCUGGUUUGCAUAUUUGUGGCAACUAUAAGGCAGCCACUGUAAAGAAAAACAAAUGCCUGAUAAUAAAUAAAGCUGCACGCUGACUUCA